UUUGUCUAGUAUGGUUGGUCGGCCAUCGUAGGUGUGAAUAUCAAAAAUUUUUGGGAAUUAUUGUAUGUAAGAAUUUUAAUAACUAAACUUUAAUCAAUCAUUAUAAAAAAUACCUUAAUUGCUUCAGCAUAUAAUAUAGUUUAGUCUGAUAUAACCUAUUUAAAUAUAACAUAAACAAAUACUACGAAAACCGAGAAAAACUGCACCAACAACAGACUGGAAAGUCCCAAAACGUAGUGACGCAACAAAUAACCUCCAUUUCUUUUGUGAUAAGUGAUCGCCUUAUUAUUCUACAAUCGUUUUAUUUGAAAUUUAAGUGUGCUAUUAUUUUUAGUGAAUUAAUGUAGUAAAAAGUAACGCAAAAAAUUUAUUUUGAUGGACUUUAGUUUUAACAUUGAUAACGCCAUCUGCGUUAAUAUCUUAUCGUUGUCAAUUGUAAAUGGCUAACUCAUCCAAUCCGAGCGAUCGGUGGUAUUUUACUAAGGAACAAUUAGAGAAUACUCCAUCUAGAAAAUGUGGCUUCGAUGCACACAAAGAACUUUCCAACCGCCAGCAAGCCGCCAACUUCAUCCAGGACAUGGGGCAGAAGCUCAAAGUGUCUCAACUAUGUAUCAACACCGCCAUAGUGUAUAUGCAUCGUUUUUAUGUUUUUCAUUCUUUCACGCAUUUUCCAUGGCACCAGAUGGCAGCGGCGGCGCUCUUUUUAGCCGCCAAAGUCGAGGAACAACCUAGGAAAUUAGAAUAUGUCAUUAGAGUAGCGAACGGUUGCAAAAACAGCAGAGACACCAACAUAGACACGAAUUCAGAAAGGUAUUUAUCGCAGUCGCAGGAUUUGGUCUUCAAUGAAAACGUUUUACUCCAAACGUUAGGAUUCGACGUUGCCAUCGAUCAUCCUCAUACUCACGUUGUUAGGUGCUGUCAGUUGGUGAGAGCUAGUAAAGAUCUAGCUCAAACUUCGUAUUUUAUGGCCAGUAAUAGUUUGCAUUUAACGACAAUGUGCAUACAGUAUAAGCCGACUGUGGUAGCGUGUUUUUGUAUCCUGGUAGCUUGUAAGUGGUCCAAUUGGGAAAUACCUCUAUCUAACGAAAAGAAAGAAUGGUAUUCUUACGUCGAUCAGACCGUCACGUCUGAACUGUUGCAACAAUUGACGGAGGAAUUUCUGGUGAUAUUCGAAAAGUGCCCUUCUAAAUUGAAAGAGAAAAUAAUGUCCAUAGCCGAUAACGUUCAUCCUAUUCCUCCUUCUACCCACAUUAAUGCAACAUUUGAUACCGAACCGAAGAAAAUUGCGAAUAAGGACGAAAAAGAUGGCCAUUCGCACCGAUCUUCCGCUAUCGACGAUCCUCACAAACAUCGCCCGUCUCGCCCUCACGAGAUGGGCAGCGGUCAACACCAAAGAGACAAAGCUUUUCGCGAUCGCGAACGGUUACUACAUCAACAAAAAUCGAUGGGCAGUAGUACGGGCGGCAGCAGUAACGUGCCCAGCAGCAGCAGCAGCAGUAGCGGUAACAAUCCACUCAAAUCCCACGGGGGCCAUCAUCGACCGCCGAUGGAUCCGAAAAUGAAACCGCCUUCGAGGCCGCCGCCGCCUCAAAUGCCCUAUCCUCCCCAGCCCAAGGACAUUCUCAGGGAGGCCGUCUCGAGGGACUCGCCGUUCGGACUGGCCAAGGACCAUCCUCACAAGGACCACAACAAGCGCGAUUACCUCGCGAAGAACAACCAAAACGAAGGAAACAGCGGCGGUCACGGCGAUCACCGGAUGAACUACAACGCCGACAAGUCGAAGUACCAGAAACAGCGACUGGACGCGAACGGUCGGCCGCGCGUCGAUCCUUCGAAGGUGCCCAACGAUCCCAAACCCCAAAUGGACAACGUUAAAAAACAUUUAAACGCGAGUGCGCACGACAAAAACGCGUCGAACUAUCCGAACAAAUCGAUGCCGAUGAACAAUCAUUCGAACGACAGCGUGAAAUCCGUCCCGAAACAAUCCGUAGUGACGCCCGUUAAGCUAAGCCAUUCGAACAGUUACGCGCCGCCCGCGUACGGCGACGCCAAACCGAAACCGGAACCGGUGGCGGUCAAAGAAGUGCAAACGCCCGCCGUGAUCAAACGGCCCAGUUUAUUCUCGCCGGAGAAAUCGCCGCCUCGCAAGCCGUCGCUCGGCGACAACGUGCUGCUGUCGCCGUUGACCUCGCCCGUCGAGACCAAUCGCGAGCGGAACUAUUCGAGCAGCUCCGACGCCGAGCUGCGGCCCGUGAUGAAGAAGAUCGAUCAGAUCGAAGGUUUCGAGAACAUCACGCGCGACAGCACGAUAGGCAUCAACAAAACGAACCAAUCGCCCGAUUACAUGACCGAUCUUAUGACGGAUAUUACCAGUCCCGGAUCAGCCGAUGUGAGCCAAUUCUCCUUAGCGCAAGAAACCAAACCCGAGGCGAUUUCGAAGGAGAUCAAACAGGAGUGCUUCGAAAGCAACGGUGAUAUUAAUUCCUCAACAAUCAAUUCUAAUGUUGUUAUUAAUAAUAAUAGUAAUAGGUCUUCCUCUGUAAAUGGUUUGGAAUCCACCGAUCCUGCGGUGAUUAGUAAUUUACUGAAAGAGGCCACGUCCGUGUCGCAUUUGCCGAGCAUAAAACCGCAGGAGAACGCCGUUCACGAGCAGGACGACAAAAAUUUGAAUCAUUUCCAUCAUAAGAGCAAAAAGAAGAAUAAAGACAAGCACAAGCACAAAGACAAAAACCGGGAGGACAAGGAAAAGAAAAAGAAACACAAAGACAAGGAUCGCGAGAAACACAAACACAAAGAAAAGACUGCAGAUAUUCCUCCUCCCGCCGUGAAAUUAAAAAUAUCUAAAGAUAAGAUAAUACCCGUGGAGAACGUCCAGCCGCCGAGCCAGGGAUUGAAAAUCAAAAUACCCAAGAACAUAAUUAAUACUGAGAAUAUAUCGGAAUUGUCGCUGGGCGGUGCGCCACCGCCGCCCGAAACCGCCGGCAUCAAAUUGAAGAUACCCAAAGACAAGUUAAACUUUGAUGGCGGCGUCAGCAGGAAGCGAGAAAGGGACAGAAACUCGCCCGACGGUCCCGCCAACAAGAUGCACAAGUCCAGUAUUAAAGAUUCGAAAACGAACGGCAAAUACUCCAAUAGUAAUAAGGUAAGCGCAGGCAUCACCGGCUACGCGCCCAAUCCCGAUACCUCUACCUAUCAAAUGUACUCAACGCCCGCAUUGCCGCCGCCACCGCCGCCGCCCGUCCCACACUCUCAAAUGUUCUAUUACAAUCGAAUGCCGCCUCCUAAUUCUAUGCCUAACAUGAACAUGCCGCCGCCUUACAUGUUUUCGCAUAACGCUUUCUACAACGCCGGGUACAACAUGUAUCAGGGCGGGAUGUUCGCGCAUCCCCCGCCCAUGCAACGGCCCCUCAUGCACAAUAACAGUUCGAAUCCACCGUUGCCCAUGGACGCCCCGCCGCAAUUGCCGCCUCCGCCUCCAGAAUGAAUAUUUCAAUCAUUCCUCUAUCCUUACCUACCCUUCUAAUUCGUACUCCUCCAAGUUCCAACGAAAUUUAAUGGAUUUUCGUGCGCUUGCUCAAAGUCGUUUUGACGACCGAAGAAUGGCUUUGCGCAAACGCAGUGAGGUUCAGAACUGUUCGGUGACUAACUUCGAUUGAAUUAUCUUUUGAUAUUUGCGGGUCGUUGAGGUGCUGUGUUGCGUAUGUUCAUUGGGCAUUAAUAUAGGGACUUGCUUGUUAUAAAUGUAAAUAAAAAAGCAGUUGUAGAUAAAAUGAUCUUACUGUAGGGUAUAUAUUUUGAUACAUUUUUCGUGUCUUAGUAAAUAUUGUAACUUUAAAGCAAAUUAAUUAGUACUGUAUUAAAUUAAAACGAAAUAUAGUUGAGUCGUUGAUGAAUUUCUGAAUGCUAAUUUGUAAGGUUUAGAUUUAAGAGAAUGUGCCACUAUAACAUUAACACAAACACGUAAACUUCUAUAGUUCUAUGUUUAUAUAGAAUUUUUUUAUGUAGUUUCUUAUUUUUUUGUGUACUUUUAGUUCUAAUAGUAUCUAUUUGCUUCUUUAUUUUUUUUGACGAAAAUUUUUGGUUUUUACAUUGUUGAGAUGGUGAAAAAACUGAAAUUUUCAAAUGUUGUUCCUAUAAUUUAUUAGAAAAAGUUUAAUUUGAUCUAGCGUCAAUCGACGUGACAUAUUUAUUAUUAUGUUUAAUUAUUAUUAAACAUAAUUUAGCCAUAGAUUUUUGGGCAACUAAAAAAAAUUACAAAAUUAGUAAAACGAAUUAAAAAUAUUUAUUUUAUUUUCAUUUCUCCGGAUAAUUAGUGAAGGGUGUAAAUAUAUGUUUCUAGUAAAAAAAAAGUAUUAGUUUAGUUUAUUUUUUGCGUUAGUUUUUGAGACAAACAUUUUUUUUAAAUCGUCAUUUUCAUUUAAUUGCGUUAGUAACGGAUAAU